CCUCUGGCAUACGCGGAAAAGCUGCGUGCACGGCAGCCCUCUCAGGACCAGAACGGUGGCACCGUGGCUGCAUUGCCGCCCCCGCCUACAAAGGCCGAGCUGAAAGGUUUGGACAUUGUGCGCCGCGAUUGGUGUCGACUUGCCGCCCAGGUCGGCAGGGCCUGUGUUGACGCCUUACUCUCGGGCAAGCCGAGUGAGGAGGUGCUGGAUCAGAUCCACACACAUUUGCGCACUGUGGCAGAACAAGUUCGUCAAGGCACUUUAUCCCUGCCGGAAUUUGUGAUUACAAAGGUUCGUCGUGUGCACUGCUUUUUGUCAUUUUGUAGAAAAAAACAGGUUGCUGGUGAAGAAAAAUGA